UCUAAAUGAUUAUUUUUUGUGUGUAUUUAGUGUUAGCAGCUCUGAGAGAAACCAGAGUUAUCCCACAGAGUGGUCUGAUGAAGAGACCAGCAAUCCAUUUUCCUCCACUGAUGCACAAGGAGAAACAAAUCCCUUUGAUGAGGAGGAGGCCUCACCUGCCAUGGAGGUGCGAGUCCGAGCCCUGUAUGAUUAUGAGGGUCAAGAGCAUGAUGAACUCAGCUUUAAGAUUGGGGAAGAGCUAACUAAAAUAGAAGACGAAGAUGAACAAGGCUGGUGCAAGGGACGUCUGGAUAGCGGACGAGUUGGUCUGUAUCCAGCAAACUAUGUGGAACCAAUACAGUGAUAACUUCUUUUUAGAAGUACUGCAGAAAUUGUUGGUCUGCACAAUAUUUGUGGCUCACAGU